AUGGACAGAGAGGAGGAAAGCAUGCAGGCGCUGGAGGAGCACCUGCAGCGCGGCGGGUUCGACCUCAGCUCGCUUUCGCUCUCCACCUCCUACCACCAAACCGGACGCAGGGGCACCGUGGUAAUCGGUCUCCCCACCAGCCACCUCCUCUUCAUCUUCCACAGUUUCAUCCUCUUCAUCUGCUACCACAGCGCGACCACUCGCUUCCUCCACUUUAUUAUCGGCACCGAGUAG